ACCCUAGCCUACUUCCUCGCAUCUCUCUCUACCGCUUUCGCCCAAACUUCUCAUCUCCGCCCAAAACCUCUAGUCUCCCUCCCCCUCCUGGUUUCGCUCUAGACCAUCGCCUUCGUGAACGAAUCUUCACGAUACAAACGCCAUUAGAGGUACCUGAGAAGGCAACGACGGGAUCGCGGCUUCCAUAGAGCACCGAAAACUCCCAUCUUUCUGUUCCUUCCACUCCGCUCCUACCAGAAGCCAUUUAGGAAGGGUUUAGCCUAAAUCCUGCGUAAAUCCUGCUUAAAACCGGCUACCAAACAGCCCCUAAGAAGCCGUUGAAGCACGAUCUCAUGUCUCCCGUUAUGAACGGCUUUGCCGUGGAGGAUAAUUUGAGUAAGAAGAAGAAGAAGAAGCACGAGAAGUCCAAGCCUGAUGAUGUCGAGAGAAAGAAGAAGAGGAAAGCUGUUGAGGAAGAAGAAUCGAGCAAUACUUCGUCCGACGUGGUUGAAACAGUCCCAAUUAAGAAUGUGGUGGUGAAUGGAUCGCUGCCGAAGAAGGCAAGGGUCGUGGAGGAGGAGGAGGAGGAGGAGGUGGAGGAUGCCGGGGAACUCGCCGGGAGUGGAGAGGAGGAUGGUGGAAUCGUCGAUGUAAACGCGCUUACGAAUUUUAGAAUAUCCAAGGUUUUGAGGGAGAGGCUGAACUCCAAGGGGAUAAAGGCGCUAUUUCAGAUCCAGGCUAUGACUUUUGAUAUGAUUUUUGAGGGCUCUGAUUUGGUUGGCCGAGCACGGACUGGUCAGGGUAAAACGUUGGCCUUUGUUUUGCCUAUACUGGAGUCCUUGACAAAUGGCAUGCACAAGUCUUCAAGGAGUACUGCUUAUGGUAGGGCUCCAUGCGUGCUCGUUCUUCUACCCACGAGGGAGCUUGCUAAUCAGGUGCAUGUGGACUUUGAGUUUUAUGGUGGCGCAGUUGGGUUAUCCUCCUGCUGUCUAUAUGGAGGGUCUCCUUAUCGUUCUCAAGAGCUUGCACUGAAACGUGGUGUUGAUAUUGUUGUUGGGACACCUGGCAGGAUAAAAGAUCAUUUAGAGAGAGGUACACUGGACUUGAAGUUCUUGAAGUUCCGUGUGCUUGAUGAAGCUGAUGAAAUGCUGAAUAUGGGCUUUGUUGAUGAUGUUGAGCUCAUUCUUGGUAAAGUUGCAGAUGCUAACCAAGUCCAAACACUUCUAUUUAGUGCUACAUUACCCGAUUGGGUGAAGAAGAUUUCAACUAGGUUCCUAAAACCACUGAAAAAAACUGUUGAUCUUGUUGGAAAUGAGAAAUUGAAAGCUAGUGCAACUGUCAGACAUCUGGUUCUCCCCUGUUCCAGUGCAGCAAGGCCACAAAUUAUUCCCGAUCUUAUUCGUUGCUAUAGCCGCGGAGGGCGUACGAUUAUUUUCACCGAGACGAAAGAAUCAGCUUCUCAACUUUCUGGGCUAUUGCCUGGAUCUCGGGCCUUGCAUGGUGAUAUAAUGCAGGCGCAGCGUGAGGUUAUAUUAGCAGGAUUUAGGUCUGGCAAAUUCUUGAUUUUAGUGGCUACUAAUGUAGCAGCACGUGGACUGGAUAUUAAUGAUGUUCAAUUGAUUAUUCAGUGUGAACCGCCACGUGAUGUUGAAGCUUAUAUCCAUCGUUCAGGCCGCACUGGGCGAGCUGGAAAUUCUGGAGUUGCCAUCUUGCUAUAUGAACCUAGAUACUCACAUAGCAUUUUUAGAAUAGAAAAACAAUCUGGUGUAAAAUUUGAGCACAUUUCUGCACCUGAGCCUUCAGAUAUUGCUGACAUGGCUGGUUCGGAAGCAGUGGAUGCUAUUCUCAAUGUUUCAGAUAGUGUAGUUCCAGUGUUCCGAUCGCAAGCAGAGGAACUCUUAAACUCAUCGAAUUUGUCAGCUGUAGAAUUACUCGCUAAAGCACUUGCAAAAACUGCGGGAUACACUACUAUUACAAAGAGAUCGCUCCUCUCUUCUUUGGAAGAUUAUGUGACUUUACAUCUUGUGUCGGACAAACAGAUCUAUACGCCGGCGUUUGCUUUUGGUAUAAUGAAAAGAUUCAUGCCUGAAGAAAAGAUUUCAAAAGUGAAGCAUCUUUCCAUUACAGCUGAUAGUAUGGGUGCAGUGUUUGAUGUGCCUGCUGAUGAUAUAAAUAGCUUCAUUGAAGGUCAGGAAAAUGCCAGCAUGGUGGCCAUAGAGGUUCUGAAGAAACUGCCUGCUUUGCAAGAGAGGGAGAAGAACAGCAGGUCCGGAGGCGGCAGCAGAUUUGGUGGUGGUGGCCGAUUCAGUAGCGGCGGUGGUAGAUUUGGUGGGAAAGGCAGAGAUGGUGGUGGCAGUAGUUUUGGCCGUAGGAGCGGUGGGUUUGGCGGCGGUCGGGGAGGAGGUGGUGGGCGAAGUUUUAAUAGGAGAAACUGAAGAAAAGCAUAUAUCCUGUUAUCAUUUUUUAUGGCAAUUUUUCAUGGCUGCCGAAAAGUUUUGUUUAUCUUCGCUUCUCAGUGCUUAAAAAUAUGAAUUUGAUUUAAGUUUAACAAACAUGAG